GUUAGUUUCGAUGCUGCUGAACCCAUCGCGGUAGCUUUGAGUGAUUUCCAGUUCGCGACAAAUGACUCUGUGGUGACAAACGAUGAGCAUACUCACAUUGCAGAUCGGUCAGUGUGGCAAUCAGCUAGGUUUCGAAUUUUUUAAUGCCUUGGCGCAAGACAUAGGUGUUGGGGAAACUGAGACGCGCCGUGACAACGAGUACUACAGCCUGUCAGCAGAGAGAUUUUUUGCUGUUGACCCCCAAGGUGGUCUACUUGCCAGUACCGUCCUGGUUGACACGGAAAGAAAGGCCGUCGGCAGGGUGUUGAAGGAAGCCUGUUACAGCAACAAGUGGCACUACGCCAGUGGUGCAGCUUACACUAGCGCGCAAGGCGCUGGUAACAACUGGGCUCUGGGUUAUAUUGAACAUGCUGAGAAAGGCCUGGAUGAGAUCUGCAAUCUUGUGAGGUGCCAUGCUGAACAACGAGACUGGUUGGAUGGCUUCCUACCCAUUUUUUCUCUCGGUGGAGGGACAGGCAGUGGUUUGGGAACCAAGCUCACUGAGACCCUAAGGGACUACUACCCAAACACUCCUGUCAUAGCAGCAGUGGUGUGGCCAUUCAAGUCUGGAGAAGUGUCAGUGCAGGCGUACAAUGUGCUGCUGUCUCUAGCACAUCUGCAAGAUUCUGCAGAUGCGCUCCUUGUGUUAAGCAAUGAUGCUCUGCACCGGGUGGUCACCCAGAGGUGGGCACUGCGUAGCGCCUCUCUGGUCGAGAUGAAUGCACUGGCUGCCAGACACCUUACUUGCCUGCUGCAGCCCAGCCGAGACUUGCAUGGACUGCACACCUGUCUUGGUGAUGUUCCCUCUGAGCUCGGAUGCCAUGGGUCCCUGAAGCAGGUGGGCCUACUUCAGGUGCCACAGGAGCAACCUGCACUGGCUGCCUUCAGCUGCAGCCCCUGGCAGGGCCUUGUGCGGGCCCUUGGCAAGAUGCAGCGCUGCCACAGUGCCACCGAUGAAGCCAUGGGCACUGAAAAGAGGCCUCCCACCUGUGUUGCCUCCCUGGCUGUUGCACGAGGCGAAGGGCUGUCGGCCCUCAAUACCACUGACCUCGCCUGCCGCCAUGCGCCUUUUGUGGAGGCGGGUCGUGAGCUCAGUGUGUGGACAAAUCCUCACAAAUUUUUGGGCUCUGCUCGUACCUUGUUGCUUGCUAGCAACAGUGAUGCGUGUGUCCCUCACUUAGACUCAUUAGUAAGCCGAGCAUGGUGCCGAUUCACUGAGGCUGCCUACCUUCAUCACUACACGCGCCAUGGACUGCAGGCUGAGGACAUGGCUGAUGCUUUUGUGCGUGUUGAACAAGCUAUUGCUAGCUACAAACAACUGUCUAGAUAAUAAUGUUAAAAGCUGGGCCAAUUGGUACAUGAUUGAAGGUGAAACACCAGCAAAAACGCAAUGUACAUAAGCAAGAAGACAAUGGAACAAGACUGGAACUAGCAACUGAACAUUUAUUAUGGGAAAAAGUGCUAUGUAACCUCCAGCACUGCUCCGGGCAUGCACAAGAACUAUCACAAGGCCUUCACAAUGAAUUAUAUUUCUUUUAUGGUAGCAUAUCAGGUGAUUUGUUUCUAGACUAGCUUUUUCUGGUGGUCUUGUGAUGGUUUCCGUGCAUGUGCCCGAGGGCUGCCAAAGGUUAUUUAUUUGUUAUUUCCCACAAUAAAAAUUCGGUUGUUAGUUCUAGCCUCAUCCCAUCUUCUUCCUUGUGUACGCUGUGUUUUUCAAGGGUUUUUCACCAUCAACUGUUUAGAUAGCAUGAAAGAAUGUGCUGAUGCACUCUAGUCAAAUGUUCACUUGCUUUCUUAUGGAUGCAGUCCACCCAAUUUAUAUCAAACUCGCGUAUUUUCAGUAAUUCUUUGUAUUCAGCAGGGGAUGUGCCCCUUAAAUAUACUGUGUAAAAAUGUAUUAAAUGUUCAAUGUAUACAUUGAGCUUUGAACAAAGGGUUUUGCCAUAUCCCCGUAGGAUGCUUUUACCUCAGCACAUAUAGAGUGCUGAUGGUGCCUUGAUUCACUGAAACUGCUCUUGUCAUGUGGAAAUGGGCUUCCAAGACACACUGGAGCUUAUCUACCUAGACAUUUAGGGGCAGUGCAUUGCGAUGAGUAAUUAAUAAUUAAACCUCGUUUAUAAAGAUAGUGUGAGAAAACCCCUGAAAUCUAUGCAAGUAAAACCAAUUCCAUGAUGCUUACAGUGAUUGUGCUAAACUUCGUAGUUUUUGUACUGUGACCAAUGCAUUAAUUACCUAUUUAAGACCAAUUAACUGAAUUUUUGAACAAAAACAUUUAAGCUAAUUGUUGAUGUCCAAAAGUUGUAUAGCUUGUUACUUAGUCAUGAGUGAUUAGCAGAUUAACAAAAAUAUUUAUUUGCAUAACGCUACAACACCUGCUGAGCAGGUUGUGCCACUUGUGUCUCCAAAGUGUGUUCAAGUCAUGUGAGAUGUGUGUGUUCACCUGGUUGAUGAUUGCUCUUUUGGUAAGCUUUUGCAAAAUUCAAUUUCCAAACUAAAUCUCUUUUGGUUAAUAUAUAAAAAAAUGUGCAUAAAAAUUAUAAGUUAUAAAUGUAAUAAAAAUGGUUAUUAAAGAUAACUAUUCUUCCAAAUGUGCAAGAUCCUCCUCACACCCUCUUGUUUGGUAGUGCCUAUGAUAUGAAUACGCAUCGAGCAUUUGUGGCCGUGUAUGCUGAACACAACAGCACAGGAUAAUUUCAUGAAGCAGAGGAGCACAGUGCAAAAGCAUUCAUGUAAUUUGAUUGAGUGAACAUGGCAGAAAUUUGCUAACAUUAAGAAUAAUAGGAUGUGAACAUAGGUGCUGACUAUGCGGGGUUGGGGGGCACCUCCGAGGCUUAAGCCCUCUCCGUAGUUUUCUGAGGGGGGCUUGUCAUUACUGUCAUUGCCAGAGUUCUGUUACCCACAUCAUUUGAGGUGUCUUUUGAGCUGCCUCUACCUUUGCAGUUUAAAUUUUAUUGUGGCUAAAAGCUUACUGCAUAAUCGUUGGUGUGGACAUGCACGGAUUUUAAUUCAUACUUUCGCUUUAUGAAAAUCCUGGCAAUAUGUGGACAAGCACAUUAGAAACACCAGCGGCGGCUACCUCAUUCAUAUUUUUUUACUUCAACAUUUUUUAAAGCUUUCCACUGUGAAAACCAUGCACAGACACAAUAUGUUUAAAUAUAAUACACAGGACAAAGUUUAUUAUAUCUUAGCCAACUAACAAUUAUUUCUAAUGGUACGGAUAGCCUAUGGCUAGAUAAUGAAUAUGUUGUUGUAUGUUGACCUCACUUCAAAUUGCUUUGUCCAAUUUUUUUUUUCCCUGAAAAAAAAAAAACUGCAGACUUCAGCGACCCCUUCAGCAGAGUCUUUUCUCAACGGCACGUGAAUGAUAUGUGUUUCAGUAUUGCUUCUCUUUCCAGUAGGCAAUGCUAAUAACUCAGGACAAAAAAACUGUUCCAAUAAUUUACAACAUUUAUUAGGGAUAGAAACAUCGGCACUUGCAUGCAGAGGUGGUAAAUAUAUAUGGUUCACUCAGUAACCGAAAUGAGACCAAGCCGGAUUCACUCGAAAUCAGAAUCAAUAGCAGCCAUGUGCAGCAGCACUUAUGCUCUGACUUGCAGCAAAAAUAAAAAAAAGAAAAAAAGAGGCUGCAGCCUUGCUGGAAAGGCGAAGCAGUAUUAGUAAUAGCGAAGUAUAACACUAUAUCACAAUUAACUGUGGUUGAAAUUGGAAUGUGAAGAUAUAUAUAUAUAUAUAUGGACAUACAUUAGUGGGGUUCGGAAAGCUGGCCAGGCCCCAGCCCCCCUGGAAAAAUGAAAACCUUCCGCCUAUGGAUGUGAACGUCACCUUAUAUUCACUGUGAUAACCGCUGUUCAUUAUUUGAAAACUAUUUGAGACCUAUUCAACAUUAGAUUCGAUUCACUUAUGGCACUAUUUGAUUCAUAUUUGAUUUGGUCUCAAAAAUUACUAUUUGCACACCCCCUAGUAAUUACUGUAGAAUACAGUUUUUCUGUGCAAAGUGUGAAUUUUUUUAUUGAAAUGCUAGCAUUGCUGUAGUGUGUGCGUUCAGUAUCUGUGUAGAUGUGUAGUGUAGAAGUUUUGUUGAUGGCCUUAGUAUGUUUAAAAUAUGAAGCAGACAUGUCUAGGCUUGGUGAUGAAAGUUUUUUUUUUUUUAUUUCUCACAGUGCACAAAUUUCAAAUACAAAUCAGCAGAGGGCAACCUGUUUCACAGUAUAAAGACACAUUCAUAAAUUGCUUGCUUAACAUAUAAAAGGCACACCAUGUCUGUUUGUUCAUAGUAUAGGCAAAGCACAUAUCAAUAAAAGCAGUUUACACAACCA